AUGAAAGAAGAGGCUACCAAAGAAAAGAACAAGUCCUCCACACCUCCAAGUGAUGAGAAGGAGGAUGACGUGUCCGGCGCACCACCACCUCCGACCACCAAACGUGCCCGAAGAGGCGCAGUGUCCGCCGAAGUCUAUAAGGAAGAGGAUGCGGCCCAGUAUGUGAAGAAGGUGGUACCUAAAGACUACAAGACAAUGGCUGCCCUGUCUAAAGCUAUCUCCAAAAAUGUGCUGUUCUCUCACCUGGAUGACAAUGAAAGGAGUGAUAUUUUCGACGCCAUGUUCCCAGUUCAUAGACAUGCAGGGGAAGUCAUAAUACAGCAGGGUGAUGAGGGAGACAACUUCUAUGUUAUUGAUCAAGGGGAGGUAGAUGUGUAUGUCAAUGGUGCUCAUGUAACCAGCAUUGGAGAGGGGGGCAGUUUUGGUGAGCUGGCUCUCAUCUAUGGCACGCCCAGGGCAGCCACUGUCAAGGCUAAAACUGAUGUCAAGCUAUGGGGUAUUGAUAGAGACAGCUACCGGCGAAUUUUGAUGGGCAGCACCAUUCGCAAGAGGAAGAUAUAUGAAGACUUCCUUGGCAAGGUCUCUAUUUUAGAAAAUCUGGACAAAUGGGAGCGGCUGACUGUUGCUGAUUCAUUGGAACCAGUUCAGUUUGAGGAUAAAGAGGAGAUUGUGAGGCAGGGAGAGCCAGGGGAUGACUUCUUCAUCAUUCUUGAGGGUUCUGCUGCAGUCCUGCAGCGAAGGGCUGAAAAUGAAGAAGCGGUAGAGGUUGGCCGUCUAGGACCAUCAGAUUAUUUUGGUGAGAUUGCACUGCUGCUGGACCGACCUCGUGCUGCCACCGUGGUUGCCCGGGGCCCUCUAAAAUGUGUCAAACUGGACAGAUCUCGCUUUGAGCGUGUGUUGGGGCCGUGCUCAGACAUCCUGAAGCGUAACAUCUCCCAGUAUAACAGCUAUGUCUCGCUCUCAGUGUAA